ACAGCGAGCCGGAGCAAGAAUCCGGUUCGCCACAGAAGCUCAUCCGCAAAGUCUCCACCUCCGGCCAGAUCCGCCAGAAGACUAUUAUUAAAGAGGGCAUAUUGAUGAAGCAAACCAAUUCUUUCCAGCGGUGGAAAAGACGAUAUUUCAAAUUGAGAGGACGAACUUUGUACUACGCAAAAACUGCUAAGUCAAUCAUUUUUGAUGAGGUGGAUCUGACAGAUGCCAGUGUGGCAGAAUCUAGCACUAAAAAUGUCAACAAUAGUUUCACGGUUAUUACCCCAUGUCGAAAACUCAUUUUAUGUGCUGACAACAGAAAAGAAAUGGAAGACUGGAUUGCUGCACUAAAAACUGUACAGAAUCGUGAACAUUUUGAGUCUACCCAGUACAGUAUGGACCAUUUUUCAGGAAUGCAUAACUGGUAUGCUUGCUCGCAUGCACGUCCAACAUACUGCAAUGUGUGUCGAGAGGCAUUAUCUGGGGUCACAUCUCAUGGGCUGUCCUGUGAAGUGUGCAAAUUUAAGGCUCAUAAGAGAUGUGCUGUCCGGGCAACUAAUAACUGCAAAUGGACAACGCUGGCAUCCAUUGGGAAGGAUAUCAUUGAAGAGGAAGAUGGGAUUUCAAUGCCACAUCAGUGGCUGGAAGGAAAUCUACCUGUGAGUGCCAAAUGUACAGUGUGUGAUAAAACAUGUGGCAGUGUCCUACGCUUGCAAGACUGGCGUUGUCUUUGGUGCAAAGCCAUGGUACAUACCUCAUGCAGAGACCUAUUACCAACAAAAUGCCCCCUUGGCCUUUGUAAAGUGUCUGUCAUCCCUCCCACAGCUCUCAACAGCAUUGAUUCUGAUGGUUUUUGGAAAGCCACUUGUCCCCCUUCUUGUACAAGCCCUUUGUUGGUCUUUGUCAACUCAAAAAGUGGAGACAACCAGGGUGUAAAGUUCCUACGAAGAUUCAAACAACUGUUAAAUCCUGCGCAAGUCUUUGAUCUUAUGAAUGGAGGACCUCAUCUUGGUUUACGUUUAUUUCAGAAAUUUGACACUUUCCGAAUUCUGGUGUGUGGUGGGGAUGGAAGCGUUGGAUGGGUUCUCUCUGAAAUUGAUAGCCUCAGUCUCCAUAAACAGUGUCAGUUGGGUGUCUUGCCUUUAGGUACUGGCAACGACCUUGCACGUGUGCUAGGCUGGGGAUCUGCUUGUGAUGAUGAUACUCAACUUCCUCAAAUAUUGGAAAAGCUGGAAAGGGCCAGUACCAAAAUGCUUGAUAGAUGGAGCAUUAUGGUAUACGAAACAAAACUCCCGCGUCAAACAUCAGCUACUACAGUUCUUGAAGAUUUCAGUGAAAGUUCCGAGGUACAACAGAUACUUUUCUAUGAAGACUCUGUGGCUGCUCAUUUAUCUAAAAUUUUGACAUCUGACCAACACUCAGUAGUCAUCUCAUCAGCCAAGGUGCUCUGUGAGACUGUGAAAGAUUUUGUAGCUCGAGUAGGGAAAGCAUAUGAAAGAGCACCAGAAAGUUCGGAGGAGUCAGAAGUGAUGGCCAGAAAGUGCUCUGUUUUGAAAGAGAAGCUGGACUCACUUUUGAAGACACUGAAUGAAGAAUCUCAAGCUUCAUCAUCUUUGCCAAACCCACCUCCCACCAUUGCAGAAGAAACAGAAGAUGGUGAUGGUUCUGGCAUUGCUUGUGAUACUUCUACUGAACUGUCAGCAGGGUCUUCCUGUAUUGCUCGUACUCAGAUAUUUAGACCACGUGAACAGCUAAUGUUGAGAGCCAACAGUCUUAAAAAAGCCAUUCGUCAAAUUAUUGAGCAUGCAGAAAAAGCUGUUGAUGAACAGAAUGCUCAAACCCAAGAACAGACAAGCUUUCUUCUGGGCUUUUCCACCCCUGAAGAAGGAAAGGAUCUAAGGAAUGAGAACAAAAUCAAUUUACAGUCUUCACACAUUGGCAACUAUGGAUUUCCAAAAGGGAGAAGCCAUCGGAAAGUUAUCAAGUCUCCUUGUGAAAGACUAAUAAAUAAAGGAAGUAUAUCAGUAGGAAGCUCUGCCUCUCUCCCUCCACAAGCAGGAACCCGGGACAGCUUGCCAAUGUUGAAUGCAAAGAUCAUCUACCCCU